UUUCAAUGUCCCAAAAUCUAAACCUUUGCUCACUACAGAAGCUUCAACAGUGUCCUACCUUCUACUCUACUUCUGUUCCUUCUUCAUGUUGUCUGCAUCUCUACCUGAAAUGCUGAACUAAACCCCCAAGCUUGUUACUUGCAGUUGACUAUAGAGAUACAUACAUAUAUAGAAAGGCUUCAAAAUGAGGGGUCCUUUGGGUGCAGUCAUAGGGAGGUACCCUUCAAGUGAUGGAAGCACUCAUUUGGGUGGAAUCAUUAAGCACAACAGAAAAUGCAGAGACAUAGCUGUUCUUGUUAUCUUUAUAGCUUUCUGGAUUGCCAUGAUUGUCAACUCCAGCUUUGCUUUCAACCGAGGAAACCCAUUAAGGCUUACUUAUGGGCUGGACUACAAAGGAAAUGUAUGUGGGCAGAAGCAUGCAGCUCAAGAUCUUCGAGAAUUGGAGCUCAAAUACUGGCUAAAUCCUAAUCAGGUUUAUCAAAGUGGAUUGAAGGACAGCCAAUUCAAACUUGCCAAUGCCCGCAGUAUAUGCUUGCUGGACUGCCCUAUACCUUCUGAAGAUUCACUAACUUGGGUGUGUGAUUAUCCUGAAGGAGAUAUUCGCGUUUCACUGAAUGAUUGGAUUGAUAUGAACUAUGAUUAUUUUGAGUUCCUUACGCCAGAAAUGAGGAACUCUUCACUUCAACUUCAGGGCCCUUGUUAUCCUGUCAUAUUUCCUAGUGUAAACGUUUACUGGAGUUGCCAAUUUAUCGCCAGAGCAUCAAAUGUAUCUUUAAGGCAUUGGCAGCAGAUGGGUGGAGUUAACAUCAAAGAAGACAUUAUUAUUGAUAAGUCCAUUCAUGAAUAUAUCAAUUCUCAGUCAGCUGCCUUAAAGAGAUACAUGGCUGACAUAGGAAAGUCAUGGCCUGUGCUGAUUGUUUGUGGGGGGAUUUUACCUCUGUUUCUGUCUGUGAUUUGGCUGCUGAUGAUUCGGCACUUUGUUGCUGCUAUGCCUUGGGUUACAGUGGUUUUGUUUAAUGUUCUAAUGGUAUCGGUUACAAUGUUUUUCUACCUUAAAGUUGGGUGGAUAGGAAAUGAUGCUAUUUCCCCCAUUAUUGGUGAGCAUGAUCCUUACAUUCAUGUAUAUGUGAGGGAGCUGACUCAUCUACGGGUUGUCACAGUCCUUAUGAGCUUUAUCAUGCUUGUUGCCAUUCUUACAUCAAUUGCUAUUGUUCGGCGCAUACUUAUGGCAACUUCUGUCCUUAAGGUUGCUGCAAAAGUGAUAGGAGAAGUUCAAGCACUUAUUAUUUUUCCAAUCAUACCUUGUGGUAUCCUUGCAGUCUUCUAUAUUUUCUGGAUUUCUGCUGCUCUACAUUUGUUCAGCUCUGGUCAGGUUGUUCAGAACAACUGCAAUUCUAAUUGCUGCACAUAUGACCUCAUCGAGAAAAAGGUGAUAUGUGAUCGGUGUUGUGGAUAUAGCAUUCAUUACACGCCGCAUAUUGGAGCUGCCAUCCUUUUUCACCUUUUUGGCUGUUAUUGGGCUACACAAUUUUUCAUAGCUUGCUUGUCAACAGUGAUUGCUGGAUCUGUUGCUUCUUAUUAUUGGGCCCAUGGUGAAGCAUCUCCUGAAAUUCCCUUUCUUUCAGUAUUUUCCUCCAUGAAGAGGCUUAUGCUUUACAGUCUUGGUUCUGUGGCUCUUGGUUCUCUGACUGUAUCAUUUAUAGAGUCAAUCCGGUUUCUGCUCGAAUCUAUUCGCCGGAAACUAAAAGUCUCCGGUCACGAGCCUGAUAGCUGGAUUGGCAGAGCUGCUUACCAGUGUUCUCAAUGCUUUCAAAGAUGUAUUGGGUGGACCAUCAAAUCAGUGAACCGAAAUGCAUAUGUCAUGAUUGCUAUAACGGGUAAAAGUUUCUUUAAAGCUUCUGCUAUUGCAACUGAAUUGAUCAUGAGUAACAUCCUACGGAUUGGACGUGUGAAUGUGAUUGGAGAUGUUAUUUUGUUCCUUGGAAAACUAUGUGUCAGCCUUUCAAGUGCUCUUUUUGCUUUCCUCAUGUUGGACACACACAAGUACAGAUCCGCACAUAACAAGAUAUCAUCUCCACUUUUGCCUGUUGUGGUUUGCUGGGCUCUUGGAUAUGUUGUUGCAACCCUUUUCUUUGCAGUUGUAGAGAUGUCAAUAGACACUAUCAUUCUCUCAUUUUGUCAAGAUUCUGAAGAGCAUGGAACCGCACAGUAUGCUCCACCUCUUCUCAUUGAAACCCUGGGAGACCAAAAUGAGACGCAGAGACUUACACAAGGAUCCCAAUGAAGAAUUUUAACAGGGCUUCCGGAUUUAGAAUUUUGUUAAAGGUGCUUAAUUUUUCACACCUAGUUCUGCUCUUUUCCUUGUAUAUAUGUUAUAUACAAUGUUCAACAAAGGUUCCGUAUGAUUAAGGUAGCUCUUUAGAUAGUUUUAAUCUUUGACAAAUGGGUUUAUGCUAGGAUGUCAUGUUAUGGCCACAACCAAACAAAUCCAAUCAUUGUUCUUGUGUAAUUAUAACCUUACUCAAACUCGCAUCUUGUGAUGAAUUAUAAUGUCUUCAGUUGGAGGUUCUUGAUUGUCAA